AUGAAAGUAGAUGAAGCCGUUAAGUGCAUAGAGUUUUCAGAAGAGUUUACCCUCGACAAAGCCGCGCUCUCGAAUAUAGAAACAGUGGAGAUAGACAGUGAGGAGGAGCUUAGGGCAAUAUCUGCAGCUCUCUUCAAAAAUUUCUGGGGGCUUCCCAAGAUGCAGAGACAGGAGGAGUGGGCCCAGUUUGUUCUGGACGCGAUAGAGACAAGAAAAGACAGCGAUGCAUUUUUGCAGCACUUCCUCCAGUGCAUAAAAGAAAAGUGGGCGCACAUUGACAUCCGCUUGAAAGACAAGUUUGUUCUGCUGGUGCAGAGGAUCGCAAACAAGAUCAUACAAAACUCUGAAGUGUCUAUAGAGCAGUUUAUUAGCAAAGGGCCAGAGGCUGCAUACGAUCUGCCUCUGAUGCACGCAUACAUAGACAGCAAGACAGCGCUGUCGAAUGAAGACUGUGUAUAUCUCCUGGAGUAUCUUAUAGCACACGCGGAUACGUACUUCACAAACUUCUUUAUAAGCAAGAUACUCCCCAAGUUUGAAGAGGCGGGCAUUCCAAAGCCCCUAGCAAAAAGGGCGUAUGCAGAAGGAAACAAAGAAGAGGUCUCCCCAAAGAUGAGAGAGCUUCUCUAUUCCAUAUACUCCUGCAGAGUCAACUAG